AUGACACCGGCCGCCUUCGACUCGGGCGUAGAGCCCCCGGAAUCGAGCUGCCCCUUUUGCAUUAUCGCAGACGAAUACCCUUCCUACGACCCGUCCGACCCCCCGCAAGACGACGCGACGCUGAACCCGAAUAGAGUCAGUACGCCGGCCUUCGUCGUGCUCUCGACGCCGACCCUCAUCGCCUUCCUCGACAUCCUCCCGCUGUCGCGCGGUCAUCUUCUCCUCUGCCCGCGCACGCACCGUCCGAAGCUGACCGAUGCUUCACCGGAAGAGUCAGCCGAGAUGGGCCGGUACCUGCGCAUUCUUUCCAACGCCCUCGCGCGCACGACGGGCGUAGAGGACUGGAACGUUGUGCAGAACAACGGGGCGGCCGCUGCGCAGGUCGUCAUGCACAUGCACUUCCACCUCAUUCCGCGACCCGAGAUCCGUGCCAGCGGCCGGUACAGCGAGAGCUUCACCAUGUUUGGGCGAGGACGCAGGGAGGAGCUGGACGAGGAGGAUGCCGAGCACUUCGCCAAGGAUCUGCGGGAAAACGUGGCUGAUAUUCUACGGGAGGAGGCACAUAAGUCUAAGCUGUGA